ACGCACUGUUUUAUGUUUUUUUUUUUGUGAAGGAAUUCCCCGAUCUCUUGAACACAGUCUUCAUUCCGUACGCUGUGUGUCUUGUGCAGCGAUUGGUUUUCUUGUUUAUUAAAUUGUCAUAACCCGUAGCUUCCAUUCGUUUUCAUACCAAAAACAUAUCAAAAUACGGCAUCAUCUUACUGUUGUUGAUAACAAAACAAUACUGUCCUACACGAAAAUGUAAUCCUGUCUUAAAAUCGUUAGUCAGAUGUUAGCUAACAAUCGAUCGGCAAAUAGUUCUCCUUUCAUGUUUAUACUCCUCAAUAAUACUGGAUAAAGCUACCUACCUUCAGAUGCUGUGUUUGUACAACACAGUGUAUAGCAAAAUCUUGCUGUAGCCACGAUUGUCCCUUUUCUGGUGUAUUGCAAUGAAAUUAUGUUUUUUUUGUUUGUACACUAAUCACCUUAGGUUUAACAACUGUUGUAAAAAAAUAAUAUUUAACUCAUUUAUAACCUGUCGUGAACAUUGUUCGUUAAGUUUUAAUUUUAACAUGUACAAGCGAUUAUUUUUGUAUUGCCUUUGGAGACCAUACACAAGUGGUUCGUUUCACACCACCACCAUCACGAAGAAGCAUGAAAUACAACAAAAACACACACCACGAUUUCUGUUACGCGAAUGGAAACUGAAAUUGAUCUUCUAUCGAAAGACGCAACGAUGGACGCAACUGUAUACCAGAUGCUUUCCUUUCUUGUUCGAUCGAACAAAUCUUUUGAUCACAUAUUUUAGCAAAUUUCAUUGUUCCGUUGUGUUGCGAUUUGGUACUGCCCAUAUAUUGUCCGUUAUGAAUUUUCAUCCGUUUUUGUCUGUGCUAGAUCACUGUGCGUGUAUUAACUCUACUGUGUGUUGUAUUGACUGCUAUAUUUGAUUAUAUUGGGAAGAAUAAAAUUUAUUGUUUCCCAGUUUUAUGUUUUUUUUGGUUUCCUGUGUAUCAUGCUUUAACGUUGUAAAUUUAUUGAAACAAAAUUCCUUUCUGCGAACCGUAAUUCGUGUUUGAUUUUUUAAAAUUAAUUGGCUUUUUACCACAUUCACUAGUUCUAGUGUUUUGUUUUUUAGUUUUGUUUCAUUUCUUGUUUUGUGUCGUGACAAUUCAUACUUCUUUUGUAUGAUUUCGUUGGGUUGUUUUUCUUUGUACCGAUUUUUUCGUUUGUUAAGUGAUGGGAUUUAGCUAUUACAAUGCGAUGUGCUGAGUGCAGUGUGGUAAUAAUAAUUUGUUUUAAUAAAACAUUUUUAUUUUGUUUUAAUAACAACAGAAAAAAAUACAUACCAACAAAAACACAUCAUUCUGUAUUCUUGUAUCACUUAGCAUAGGUUGAGCAUUGCUGAAACACAACCAUUUUGCCAGCAAACAGAAUCAUCCAUUAAAUGUGCAUCAUUCGUUUUGUUUUUGGGUUUGAAGUGAAAACAGAUACUAAAAACACCACAGAUAAACAAAUACCCAAAAGAAAACCUAAAAAUACAUUUACAUUUCCAUAUACUAUUGUACCGAUUUCGUACUAAUACCUCGACAAUAUGCCUGUUACUGCACGCAUUCCCAUAUUGCGCUCUACCAUGAAGGUGUGUUUCGGAAAAGAUCUCUGAAAGGUGGUACAACGCGUGCACAAUGGGAGGAUGUUACCGGGUCGACGCCGCUCACAUUCGUUAACGAUUGCGUAUCGUUCACGACGACCGUAUCGGCACGGUUCUGGCUGAUGGACUGUCGCAACAUAGCCGAUGCAACCAAGAUGGCAACCGAGCUGUACAAAGAAGCCAUACACGUACCGUUUAUGGCUAAGUUUGUCGUGUUCGCCAAGCGUACCGAUCCGCUAGAGGCGCGUCUCCGUGUCUUCUGCAUGACAGAUGAUCGUGAGGACAAAACGCUCGAGCACCAGGAACAUUUUACGGAGGUGGCCAAAAGCAGAGACGUCGAGGUGCUGGAGGAUAAACCGCAGUACAUCGAGCUGGCCGGCAAUCUGGUGCCAGUGACUAAAUCGGGCGAACAGUUGGCCCUACCGUUCAAAGCCUUCCGCGAGAACCGUUUGCCGUUCGCCGUUCGCGUGAAAGAUCAACAUGCGGACAUUGUCGGGCGGACGCUUUUCAUGCGAGAACCAAAAAUAGCCAAGGGUGAACCACCGCAGCAACCAAUCUGCAUACUUAACAUCGUGCUGCCGGAAACGAUCAUACCGGAGCAGACGACCACGAUUACGGAUUCGCACGAAAUUAUGCUACGCGUCGGACGUUCCCGUGCCGUUGUUCCACCGCGCCAGCUCGUCGACGAUCAGAACUAUCUGGGCGAGCUGCGCAUAGUAGACAUCUCCAACCUGCUCGGUGAAGAUUGGAUCAAGCUAGCGCCGGAAAUUGGUGUCAGCGAGACGGACGUGGAAAACAUUGUGGCCCAAAUACCGACCAGUACGGCACAACAGGCACAAGCCAUGCUGAAGCAGUUCCAAUCGAAACCGAACAAUGACUUCAACAUACUCGAGAACGGGCUACGCACCAUCCAUCGGGACGAUAUCGUGGAGCGGUGUAUACGUAGCGCGACCUCUACCGGUACCACGACCACCGUUACCAUGCGCAACAAAACCUCCUUUUCGAUCGGCAAACGCAGUGUCGAUGCGGUGGAAAUGCUUUCCGAAACGGAUUCCAUUGUAAAGAUGGCACAAAAAGAAGAUCGCCUCUCCAAAAAGGAAUCCACCAAAUAUUCGGGAGAGGAAAAAACCGUCGAAGAAUCGGAGGAAUCAGAGGAGGAAAUGGUAAAGAAAACGGUGGCAGAGCGAAGAAAACAGAUCGAGAAACGACUUUCCGCGGACCGAUCGAUACCUGCCUCAACACAGAAGAAGGAGAUAGUGGAAGAAAUAAUCACAAUCAAGCGUCAAAGUGUGAUCGACGAUACGCGCGCCAAGCAUGAGGAGGAAAUACUGCUGCAAAAGCCAAUCGACAACACGUACAAAUCAUCCACCAUGCCGGAACCGGUGGUCAAGCUAAAAACGACUGUCGUCAAAGAUGGACCGGGGGUGCGAAAGGACGAGUUCGAUCAGGAGUUGCAGGACAAGUUUAAGGCAACGUUGAAGAAUGUAGAAGAGUUUGUGCAUAAGUCUGAGGUGCUUGAGCAGAUGGCCACGGAAGUAAGCGUGGUUCCCUCGCCCCGAGUCGUGGAGGAGAUUAAGAAGAAGGUGGAGGAACGUCUCCCUGUUGAGCCAGAUUCCGUGCCAGUUGAGCAGCCUACCGAAAGUAUGACCCCUGUACCGAAAGAGCGUGCGCCAGUUCCGGCAAAGCGUACCAGCCUCACCAAGGAACCGGAUGAGUUCCAGGGCGUAGUGGAAGAAUCGAUAAAGGAUGUCAAGCAGCGGAUAAGCUCGUUCGAGACGAAGUCUAAAACUGAAUCGCUCACCGACAGCAAGCAGUCGUCAGUGGAUACCACUAGCGGGCGGGACUCGUGGAGUGAUGAAUACCGUGCCGAACAUCGGCAGUCCGGCGAUACGAAGCACACCGACUCGGAGCCGAUAUCGGAAAAUUCGGAACAAGCAGUGUUGCUUCGCAGAGGUGAUUUUAUCAGCCACUCGCGCAAGAUAGAUGAAGUGUCUAAAAUUUCUACACAGCAAACCAGCAGCACUGUCGAGCAACAAGUGAAAGUGCAUGAAGUGUCAGAAGGGAAGGAACAGGAAUCGGAACCGUCGUCGCUUUCCGAAACCCAUAGCACCUCCAAAAAGGAGGAGAGCAUUUCGCAGCACUUUAAAUCCGAAACCGUUAGCAAAAUGGAGGAAACGGUAACUAAGAUGUCUACAACAAUGGCAUCCAAAACGGUGCAGGAUACACUGCCGGAUAGUGGCGCUUUUGCCUUCGGGCAGGAUGAUGAAAUGAUCGUGCGGGAAGAGUUUGUUGCGCGUAGUGCUGAGAGCAGUAGCUUCGUCGAUCGGAAGGUAGAAUCGGUUGUGCGUGAAAUUCGCGACCAGGAGCCCGUUGUGGAGAAGCGUGAUACGCAUCGAGAAGUCAAGGAAACGUCCGAUAAAAUGGCCGCCCUCAUGACGAAGGAAACGGUACACUCCGUCGAUGGUACCGUGCCACAAGUUUUCUCUUCCGAAGCUUAUACGGUCGAAAGUUACGAUGGACAGCAGUCUGAGACGGUCUCCAGCGAUGCAAUGGGUAUGGUGAUGAAGCGAAGCGGCAAGAUAAUUUCCAGCGUUGAAACGGGUGUAACCCAAGGUGAGGAUAUGGUCAGUGAGAAAAUAGUUGAAAAGGAAGAAGAAAUACGUAGGUUGGAGGAGAAAACGGCCGACAAGUCGGUCGACAAGCCAUCCGUGAUGGAAACAGUUUCGCGAACUGUUUCGCAAGAGAUUACCUCCAAAAUACCGGUUCCGUCGAAGAAAAGCUCCCCAGAAGCUAAGGAGCAGUAUCCGACGUCACAUCUCGUUCCGGAACCGAAAUCCGAUAAGCUGCAAGAAAAUCUGGAUGACCAACCAAAACUCGCUGAAAUAAAGUCGCUAGCAGAAGAGAUGGUCGAAAAUGUUACCGAACAAGUUGAAUCGGUGGUUUCGAAAAUUCCACGCUUCGGAACAACAAAGCCACCCUCCAAAGUGGAUGUAACGGUAGCGAAAUCACCCGAACCGGAUAGUUCCAGUUUGUCCAAAAUACCGAUCCUGAAGGAUCGCAAAGUAUCGGAACAGUUUUCGAGCGAUUCCUGCGAUACGGUGAUCGUACAAAAAUCGAUUGAGGAGGAGGAGAAGAAAUUGGAUCAGUCGUCCACCGAGGCAAUACACCGUGAGGACGAUGAGGAGAUUAUGUCUGCAACCGCCUACGGCAAUGAACGGUCAGUGACCGAGAUCAUUACGGAGGACCAUCGGGCAGUAACGCCGGAUGAUUUCAUCGACGAGAUCAUCGACGAAGCGCAAGACAAGGUGCAGCAGCUUCAAUCGGCCGAAGUGACUGUCGGUACACUGGAUCUAAGCCACUCGGAGGAAGAGUCUUUCGAUAAAUCUGCCUACCCGAUGCAAGAGUACAUGUCUGAUUCGGGACGCGUAGGGUACGAUACGAACGGCAUUGACGAUGAUGAUCAGGACCAGGACAAAUGGAAAGAGGAUGCAAACUCCUCCGUGCCCGAUGACAUGUCUACGACCGAUUUCGAAGCAUUCCGUGAGUACCACUGGUUGGAUACACCGGAUGCGGCAGGCCCAGUUGGUCAUCGGCAAGGCAUGGCCCGAACGUCAACACCGAUCCGUGACGCAACGAUGGCCGCCGUCGUUGCUCUUGCAUCGCUCGAGGAUUUGGAUACGCUAAGUCCGCUGUCGGCCGAUGUAGGUGAUGGGAGAAGGUUAGCGCUUCCGGAGGAAGGAAGCAACACAGCUGAUGAGGGAUGUUCCGCUGAGGCUAUGAGAUCAUCGCGCAAGCACUUUAAUCUUGACUUGGACAUGGACGCUACCUCGACCAAAACGACUACAACUACGACCUCGACAACUACAGCGACAAAAGCACGCAAAACGACUACUUUUGAAAAGGGUAAUAAACCAGAUAGUCAUGCAAAUCGUGGUACUUCGCCAAUGAAUGAGAUCAUUGAAUCGCCCGAUAGUGUGCACAGCGCACGCUUUGGGCGCGGUGACUCACCUGCGAUUAAGCUCGUGAUUGGACGUAAGGAGAUCAAAACUUCUGACACAUCCGCGAUAACGGAAAGCCGUCUGACGGUGUACGGUCACAAAGAUGUGGAAAUAUCGAUCAGUUCGCAGUCGACGAUUAGCCUAACUACAACGCAUACUUCAAAAGAAGGGCGUGAGAAAACGACCGAAAUGAGCUCGAGCGGUGGUGAAGUAAAGGAAGUAAGCACCGGUAAACGAUACAAACAGUUCAAACUGGUUGACGAUCCAGAUUCGGAGCAAACUGAACGCAAAAGAGAUGAUGCGGUUUCGUUUUCAAAGAAGAAGAGUGUCUAUCUCUUUGGAAGUUUCGAUUCCAGCUCUGGUUCGCCUAUCACUGAGACGAGCGUAUCACAGCAUGUGACGGAUACUGGAAUAUCUUUAACGCGAGGAUUCACAGAAACCAUGACCUCGCCCGGGGUAAUAUCUUCCUCUGCUGAAGAGAAAAAUAAGAAAGUAAGCAUCAUUACAGAUACUGCUGUGGAUGUGGAAAUAGAAGAGCUAGAGCUUACUGAUGCGGGUCUAAGCCCUAUUCUUCCGGAUGAAACAGAUGUAACGGCUGAUUUCCAGAUGGCGGAAGAAGAUGUCCACUUUGCACACACUGGGACGAGCCCAAUGGAUUUCGAAGAUCAGUCAGUGUCAGCUGCACUGGAUACUUCAGAGGCAGCUACGCUUACUGAUCGUAUUGAGACCAAAGAUGCAUCGAACAGUCCUUUAGAUGUGCCCAUUACGUCUAUCCUCAAGAGAGAUGUCAGCAAACUCACUGAUGAAGAGCUCCUCACAGGUCGCCGCGGAUCGGGUGAUGUGAAGGCAAAAAUAAAGAUGUUAGAACAAAGCCAAAAGACUCACAGCGCACAAAGCUCUCCAAAGAAAAAGGUAGAAUUUGAAGAAUAUCAGCUCAAGAUUGACAGACAGGAAUCACCUAAACGCCAUAAAACAUCAGGCAAAAUAACGGAACUUCGUAAGAUAUUUGGUGAAGAGGAAGAACCGAUAGAAUCGAAUGUCAUGUCUGAGUCAAUUCCACCUAUUCAAGAGGUUAUUAAGCAGCUGGAGAAGAGAAUAGCUGUUAAACAGGUGGAUCGAAAGGCUGUUGUCGAUCAGGUUGAAACUUCUGCACGAGGAGAAGCAUUAUCUAAACGUAUUGAUGUUGACGUUGAUGAUUUAAAAUCUCAAAUAAUAACGACAAAAGAUCCAACGGUUCCUGAUACUGUAACAGAGAAAGAGCAGCAGAUAUCUAAACUUGUUCAUGGAGUGCAAAGUCUUGGCUUACGAGAGGAGGGGGUUAGAAAAUUCGAACAAGAAAGACGCAAAGCGGAAAAUAGAGCUGCUCUUGAUGAAACGGUAUGCGAAAAGCAUGUUGAUCGUAAAUUCAUCACCGAUUUAAUUAAGGAUGAAUGCGAGGAGGAUGAUAACGAAUUACGAAAAACAAAUGAUCUUAUCAAAAUGUUCGAGAAGAAACAAAACACGUUUGAUGAAGCUAUGAAAAGUAGUCCGAAGCGAAAACAUUUCCCAAGUGGAAGCCAUAAAUUAUCUACAUCUCAUAUUUCUUCAGGAACAAGUGAUGAUAUUGGUUUUGCUCAACAGAAGAUUGAUGAAGUUGAUCAUAGCAAAAUUGAGAUUAGCGAUCAUGUAAAGGCUACGGAGGAAAUUCAAUCGCAAGUAAAACCUUCCGAUUUAUCAUCGUCAAUGGAGUAUGUGAUGGAAGAAGAUUAUAAAAUGAAAAAUAUUCAAGAACUAAAGGCCAGAUUUGAAAUAAUCCAAGAAGAUAUCCAAAAAUCAGCUCAACAAAUAUCUUCAUCAACGGGUACAAAACAUGCAUAUUCAGCUGUUUCUCAAGAAGUAAAAACGAAACAAACAUCGCAGAUUGUAAACAUUGAUAAAACCCGAACAAAGCGUGGUAUAUCUAAACUGGAUAAUAAAAUUAUAAAACUGUUUGAAGUAAGUGAUACGCAAUCCAACAAUCAAUACCACGAACAGAUAAAAUCAAAACAUGAUGCUAGCGAACCAACAACCACUCAAACUGAAUCCGAACAACCAAUUAAAGUGUCCAUCAAACGCUACGAAAUGAAAACAAUGGAACAAUAUGAAGACCAUCCGCAAGAAAAAUCAAAUCAAAUGUCAAACUUUAACGAAAUUGAUAAUCAACAAAAACACAGAACACCGCAAAUCGAAAAAACACAAAUAGAACGAAACCCUGUCUCUGAGGUUGUUGAAGAGAAAGUAACCCAGGUGGUUGAGGCAAAGGUUACCGAGUCCUUCGUAGUCGAGAAGGUUGAGACCAAGCCAGAUGACAAACCAGAACAAGACGAACAGCCAGAGACAUCGGAGCCUGUCUCUGAGGUCAUUGAAGAGAAGGUGACCGAGGUGGUCGAGGCAAAGGUAACCGAGACCGUCGUAGUCGAGAAGGUUGAGGCCAAGCCAGAUGACAAACCAGAACAAGACGAGCAGCCAGAGACAUCGGAGCCUGUCUCUGAUGUUGUUGAAGAGAAGGUGACCGAGGUGGUCGAGGCAAAGGUAACCGAGACCGUCGUAGUCGAGAAGGUUGAGGUCAAGACAGAUGACAAACCAGAACAAGACGAACAGCCAGAGCCAUCGGAGCCCUUCUCUGAGGUUGUUGAAGAGAAGGUGACCGAGGUGGUCGAGGCAAAGGUUACCGAGACCGUCUUAGUCGAGAAGGUUGAGGCCAAGACAGAUGACAAACCAGAACAAGACGAGCAGCCAGAGCCAUCGGAGCCUGUCUCUGAUGUUGUUGAAGAGAAGGUGACCGAGGUGGUCGAGGCAAAGGUUACCGAGACCGUCGAAAUCGAGAAGGUUGAGGCCAAGCCAGAUGACAAACCAGAACAAGACGAACAGCCAGAGCCAUCGGAGGCCUUCUCUGAGGUUGUUGAAGAGAAGGUGACCGAGGUGGUCGAGGCAAAGGUAACCGAGACCGUCGUAGUCGAGAAGGUUCAGGUCACGCCAGAUGACAAACCAGAACAAGACGAACAGCCAGAGCCAUCGGAGCCUGUCUCUGAGGUUGUUGAAGAGAAGGUGACCGAGGUGGUCGAGGCAAAGGUUACCGAGACCAUCUUAGUCGAGAAGGUUGAGGCCAAGCCAGAUGACAAACCAGAACAAGACGAACAGCCAGAGCCAUCGGAGCCUGUCUCUGAGGUUAUUGAAAAGAAGGUGACUGAGGUGGUCGAGGCAAAGGUAACCGAGACCGUCGUAGUCGAGAAGGUUGAGGCCAAGACAGAUGACAAACCAGAACAAGACGAACAGCCAGAGCCAUCGGAGCCUGUCUCUGAGGUUAUUGUAUCGAAGGUGACCGAGGUGGUCGAGGCAAAGGUAACCGAGACCGUCGUAGUCGAGAAGGUUGAGGCCAAGCCAGAUGACAAACCAGAACAAGACGAACAGCCAGAGCCAUCGGAGCCUGUCUCUGAGGUUAUUGAAAAGAAGGUGACUGAGGUGGUCGAGGCAAAGGUAACCGAGACCGUCGAAGUCGAGAAGGUUGAGGCCAAGCCAGAUGACAAACCAGAACAAGACGAACAGCCAGAGCCAUCGGAGCCUGUCUCUGAGGUUGUUGAAGAGAAGGUGACCGAGGUGGUCGAGGCAAAGGUUACCGAGACCGUCGUAGUCGAGAAGGUUCAGGUCACGCCAGAUGACAAACCAGAACAAGACGAACAGCCAGAGCCAUCGGAGCCUGUCUCUGAGGUUGUUGAAGAGAAGGUGACCGAGGUGGUCGAGGCAAAGGUAACCAAGACCGAUGAAGUCGAGAAGAUUGAGACCAAGUCAGAUGACAAACCAGAACAAGACGAACAGCCAGAGCCAUCGGAGCCUGUCUCUGAGGUUGUUGAAGAGAAGGUGACCGAGGUGGUCGAGGCAAAGGUAACCGAGACCGUCUUAGUCGAGAAGGUUGAGGCCAAGCCAGAUGACAAACCAGAACAAGACGAACAGCCAGAGCCAUUGGAGCCUGUCUCUGAGGUUGUUGAAGAGAAGGUGACCGAGGUGGUCGAGGCAAAGGUAACCGAGACCGUCUUAGUCGAGAAGGUUGAGGCCAAGCCAGAUGACAAACCAGAACAAGACGAGCAGCCAGAGACAUCGGAGCCUGUCUCUGAGGUUGUUGAAGAGAAGGUGACCGAGGUGGUCGAGGCAAAGGUUACCGAGACCGUCGUAGUCGAGAAGGUUGAGGCCAAGCCAGAUGACAAACCAGAACAAGACGAGCAGCCAGAGACAUCGGAGCCUGUCUCUGAGGUUGUUGAAGAGAAGGUGACCGAGGUGGUCGAGGCAAAGGUAACCGAGACCGUCGAAGUCGAGAAGGUUGAGGCCAAGCCAGAUGACAAACCAGAACAAGACGAACAGCCAGAGCCAUCGGAGCCUGUCUCUGAGGUUGUUGAAGAGAAGGUGACCGAGGUGGUCGAGGCAAAGGUAACCGAGACCGUCUUAGUCGAGAAGGUUGAGGCCAAGCCAGAUGACAAACCAGAACAAGACGAACAGCCAGAGCCAUCGGAGCCUGUCUCUGAGGUUGUUGAAGAGAAAGUGACCGAGGUGGUCGAGGCAAAGGUUACCGAGACCGUCGAAGUCGAGAAGGUUGAGGCCAUGCCAGAUGACAAACCAGAACAAGACGAACAGCUAGAGCCAUCGGAGCCUGUCUCUGAGGUUGUUGAAGAGAAGGUGACCGAGGUGGUCGAGGCAAAGGUAACCGAGACCGUCGUAGUCGAGAAGGUUGAGGUCAAGCCAAAUGAAAAACCAGAACAAGACGAACAGCCAGAGCCAUCGGAGCCUGUCUCUGAGGUUGUUGAAGAGAAGGUGACCGAGGUGGUCGAGCCAAAGGUAACCGAGACUGUCGUAGUCGAGAAGGUUGAGGCCAAGCCAGAUGACAAACCAGAACAAGACGAACAGCCAGAGCCAUCGGAGCCUGUCUCUGAGGUUGUUGAAGAGAAGGUGACCGAGGUGGUCGAGGCAAAGGUUACCGAGACCGUCUUAGUCGAGAAGGUUGAGGCCAAGACAGAUGACAAACCAGAACAAGACGAACAGCCAGAGCCAUCGGAGCCUGUCUCUGAGGUUGCUGAAGAGAAGGUGACCGAGGUGAUCGAGGCAAAGGUAACCGAGACUGUCGUAGUCGAGAAGGUUGAGGCCAAGCCAGAUGACAAACCAGAACAAGACGAACAGCCAGAGCCAUCGGAGCCUGUCUCUGAGGUUGUUGAAGAGAAGGUGACCGAGGUGGUCGAGGCAAAGGUAACCGAGACUGUCGUAGUCGAAAAGGUUGAGGCCAAGCCAGAUGACAAACCAGAACAAGACGAACAGCCAGAGCCAUCGGAGCCUGUCUCUGAUGUUGUUGAAGAGAAGGUGACCGAGGUGGUCGAGGCAAAGGUAACCGAGACCGUCGUAGUCGAGAAGGUUGAGGCCAAACCAGAUGACAAACCAGAACAAGACGAACAGCCAGAGCCAUCGGAGCCUGUCUCUGAGGUUGUUGAAGAGAAGGUGACCGAGGUGGUCGAGGCAAAGGUAACCGAGACCGUCGUAGUCGAGAAGGUUGAGGCCAAACCAGAUGACAAACCAGAACAAGACGAACAGCCAGAGCCAUCGGAGCCUGUCUCUGAGGUUGUUGAAGAGAAGGUGACCGAGGUGGUUGAGGCAAAGGUAACCGAGACCGUCGUAGUCGAGAAGGUUGAGGCCAAGCCAGAUGACAAACCAGAACAAGAUGAACAGCCAGAGCCAUCGGAGCCUGUCUCUGAAGUUGUUGAAGAGAAGGUGACCGAGGUGGUCGAGGCAAAGGUAACCGAGACCGUCGUAGUCGAGAAGGUUGAGGCCAAGACAGAUGACAAACCAGAACAAGACGAACAGCCAGAGCCAUCGGAGCCCUUCUCUGAGGUUGUUGAAGAGAAGGUGACCGAGGUGGUCGAGGCAAAGGUUACCGAGACCGGCGAAGUCGAGAAGGUUGAGGCCAAGACAGAUGACAAACCAGAACAAGACGAACAGCCAGAGCCAUCGGAGCCUGUCUCUGAGGUUGUUGAAGAGAAGGUGACCGAGGUGGUCGAGGCAAAGGUAACCGAGACCAUCGAAGUCGAGAAGGUUGAGGCCAAGACAGAUGACAAACCAGAACAAGACGAACAGCCAGAGCCAUCGGAGCCUGUCUCUGAGGUUGUUGAAGAGAAAGUGACCGAGGUGGUCGAGGCAAAGGUUACCGAGACCGUCGAAGUCGAGAAGGUUGAGGCCAAGACAGAUGACAAACCAGAACAAGACGAACAGCCAGAGCCAUCGGAGCCUGUCUCUGAUGUUGUUGAAGAGAAGGUGACCGAGGUGGUCGAGGCAAAGGUUACCGAGACCGUCGAAGUCGAGAAGGUUGAGGCCAAGACAGAUGACAAACCAGAACAAGAUGAACAGCCAGAGCCAUCGGAGCCUGUCUCUGAGGUUGUUGAAGAGAAGGUGACCGAGGUGGUCGAGGCAAAGGUUACCGAGACCGUCGAAGUCGAGAAGGUUGAGGUCAAGUCAGAUGACAAACCAGAACAAGACGAACAGCCAGAGCCAUCGGAGCCUGUCUCUGAGGUUGUUGAAGAGAAGGUGACCGAGGUGGUCGAGGCAAAGGUAACCGAUACCGUCUUAGUCGAGAAGGUUGAGGCCAAGACAGAUGACAAACCAGAACAAGACGAACAGCCAGAGCCAUCGGAGCCUGUCUCUGAUGUUGUUGAAGAGAAGGUGACCGAGGUGGUCGAGGCAAAGGUAACCGAGACCGUCGAAGUCGAGAAGGUUGAGGCCAAGACAGAUGACAAACCAGAACAAGACGAACAGCCAGAGCCAUCGGAGCCCUUCUCUGAGGUUGUUGAAAAGAAGGUGACCGAGGUGGUCGAGGCAAAGGUUACCGAGACCGUCGUAGUCGAGAAGGUUGAGGCCAAGCCAGAUGACAAACCAGAACAAGACGAACAGCCAGAGCCAUCGGAGCUUGUCUCUGAGGUUGUUGAAGAGAAGGUGACCGAGGUGGUCGAGGCAAAGGAUACCGAGACCGUCGAAGUCGAGAAGGUUGAGGCCAAGACAGAUGACAAACCAGAACAAGACGAACAGCCAGAGCCAUCGGAGCCUGUCUCUGAUGUUGUUGAAGAGAAGGUGACCGAGGUGGUCGAGAUUGUCGAAGUCGAGAAGGUUGAGGCCACGACAGAUGACAAACCAGAACAAGACGAACAGCCAGAGCCAUCGGAGCCUGUCUCUGAGGUUGUCGAAGAGAAGGUAGCCGAGGUGGUCGAGGCAACGGUAACCGAGACCGCCAAAGUCGAGAUGGUUGAGGCCAAGCCAGAUGACAAACCAGAACAAGACGAACAGCCAGAGCCAUCGGAGCCUGUCUCUGAGGUUGUUGAAGAGAAAGUGACCGAGGUGGUCGAGGCAAAGGUAACCGAGACCGUCGUAGUCGAAAAGGUUGAGGCCAAGACAGAUGACAAACCAGAACAAGACGAACAGCCAGAGCCAUCGGAGCCUGUCUCUGAUGUUGUUGAAGAGAAGGUGACCGAGGUGGUCGAGGCAAAGGUAACCGAGACCGUCGAAGUCGAGAAGGUUGAGGCUAAGACAGAUGACAAACCAGAACAAGACGAACAGCCAGAGCCAUCGGAGCCCUUCUCUGAGGUUGUUGAAGAGAAGGUGACCGAGGUGGUCGAGGCAAAGGUAACCGAGACCGUCGUAGUCGAAAAGGUUGAGGCCAAGCCAGAUGACAAACCAGAACAAGACGAACAGCCAGAGCCAUCGGAGCCUGUCUCUGAGGUUGUUGAAGAGAAGGUGACCGAGGUGGUCGAGGCAAAGGUAAUCGAGACUGUCGAAGUCGAGAAGGUUGAGGCCACGACAGAUGACAAACCAGAACAAGACGAACAGCCAGAGCCAUCGGAGCCUGUCUCUGAGGUUGUUGAAGAGAAGGUGACCGAGGUGGUCGAGGCAAAGGUUACCGAGACCGUCUUAGUCGAGAAGGUUGAGGCCAAGACAGAUGACAAACCAGAACAAGACGAACAGCCAGAGCCAUCGGAGCCUGUCUCUGAGGUUGCUGAAGAGAAGGUGACCGAGGUGGUCGAGGCAAAGGUUACGGAGACCGUCGAAGUCGAGAAGGUUGAGGCCAAGCCAGAUGACAAACCAGAACAAGACGAACAGCCAGAGCCAUCGGAGCCUGUCUCUGAGGUUGUUGAAGAGAAAGUGACCGAGGUGGUCGAGGCAAAGGUAACCGAGACCGUCGAAGUCGAGAAGGUUGAGGCCAAGACAGAUGACAAACCAGAACAAGACGAACAGCCAGAGCCAUCGGAGCCUAUCUCUGAUGUUGUUGAAGAGAAAGUGACCGAGGUGGUCGAGGCAAAGGUUACCGAGACCGUCGAAGUCGAGAAGGUUGAGGCCAAGCCAGAUGACAAACCAGAACAAGACGAACAGCCAGAGCCAUCGAAGCCUGUCUCUGAGGUUGUUGAAGAGAAAGUGACCGAGGUGGUCGAGGCAAAGGUUACCGAGACUGUCGAAGUCGAGAAGGUUGAGGCCAAGCCAGAUGACAAACCAGAACAAGACAAACAGCCAGAGCCAUCGGAGCCUGUCUCUGAGGUUGUUGAAGAGAAAGUAACCGAGGUGGUCGAGGCAAAGGUUACCGAGACCGUCGAAGUCGAGAAGGUUGAGGCCAAGACAGAUGACAAACCAGAACAAGACGAACAGCCAGAGCCAUCGGAGCCUGUCUCCGGGGUUGUUGAAGAGAAGGUGACCGAGGUGGUCGAGGCAAAGGUUACCGAGACCGUCGAAGUCGAGAAGGUUGAGGCCAAGCCAGAUGACAAACCAGAACAAGACGAACAGCCAGAGCUAUCGGAGCCUGUCUCUGAGGUCAUUGAAGAGAAGGUGACCGAGGUGGUCGAGGCAAAGGUAACCGAGACCGUCGAAGUCGAGAAGGUUGAGGCCAAGACAGAUGACAAACCAGAACAAGACGAACAGCCAGAGCCAUCGGAGCCUGUCUCUGAGGUUGUUGAAGAGAAGGUGACCGAGGUGGUCGAGGCAAAGGUUACCGAGACCGUCGAAGUCGAGAAGGUUGAGGCCAAGCCAGAUGACGAACCACAACAAGACGAACAGCCAGAGCCAUCGGAGCCUGUCUCUGAGGUUGUUGAAGAGAAGGUGACCGAGGUGGUCGAGGCAAAGGUAACCGAGACCGUCGAAGUCGAGAAGGUUGAGGCCAAGACAGAUGACAAACCAGAACAAGACGAACAGCCAGAGCCAUCGGAGCCUGUCUCUGAGGUUGUUGAAGAGAAGGUGACCGAGGUGGUCGAGGCAAAGGUAACCGAGACCGUCGAAGUCGAGAAGGUUGAGGCCAAGACAGAUGACAAACCAGAACAAGACGAACAGCCAGAGCCAUCGGAGCCUGUCUCUGAGGUUGUUGAAGAGAAGGUGACCGAGGUGGUCGAGGCAAAGGUUACCGAGACCGUCGAAGUCGAGAAGGUUGAGGCCAAGCCAGAUGACGAACCACAACAAGACGAACAGCCAGAGCCAUCGGAGCCUGUCUCUGAGGUUGUUGAAGAGAAGGUGACCGAGGUGGUCGAGGCAAAGGUAACCGAGACCGUCGAAGUCGAGAAGGUUGAGGCCAAGACAGAUGACAAACCAGAACAAGACGAACAGCCAGAGCCAUCGGAGCCUGUCCCUGAGGUUGUUGAAGAGAAGGUGACCGAGGUGGUCGAGGCAAAGGUAACCGAGACCGUCGUAGUCGAGAAGGUUGAGGCCAAGACAGAUGACAAACCAGAACAAGACGAACAGCCAGAGCCGUCGCAGCCUGUCUCUGAGGUUGUUGAAGAGAAGGUGACUGAGGUGGUCGAGGCAAAGGAUACCGAGACUGUCGAAGUCGAGAAGGUUGAGGCUACGACAGAUGACAAACCAGAACAAGACAAACAGCCAGAGCCAUCGGAGCCUGUCUCUGAGGUUGUUGAAGAGAAGGUGACCGAGGUGGUCGAGGCAAAGGUAACCGAGACCGUCGUAGUCGAGAAGGUUGAGGCCAAGACAGAUGACAAACCAGAACAAGACGAACAGCCAGAGCCGUCGCAGCCUGUCUCUGAGGUUGUUGAAGAGAAGGUGACCGAGGUGGUCGAAGCAAAGGUUACCGAGACCGUCGAAGUCGAGAAGGUUGAAGCUAAGCCAGAUGACAAACCAGAACAAGAAGAACAGCCAGAGCCAUCGGAGCUUGUCUCUGAGGUUGUUGAAGAGAAGGUGACCGAGGUGGUCGAGGCAAAGGUAACGGAGACCGUCGAAGUCGAGAAGGUUGAGGCCAAGACAGAUGACAAACCAGAACAAGACGAACAGCCAGAGCCAUCGGAGCCUGUCCCUGAGGUUGUCGAAGAGAAGGUGACCGAGGUGGUCGAGGCAAAGGUUACCGAGACCGCCAAAGUCGAGAAGGUUGAGGCCAAGACAGAUGACAAACCAGAACAAGACGAACAGUCAGAGCCAUCGGAGCCUGUCUCUGAGGUUGUUGAAGAGAAGGUGACUGAGGUGGUCGAGGCAAAGGUAACCGAGACCGUCGAAGUCGAGAAGGUUGAGCCCAAGACAGAUGACAAACCAGAACAAGACGAACAGUCAGAGCCAUCGGAGCCUGUCUCUGAGGUUGUUGAAGAGAAGGUGACCGAGGUGGUCGAGGCAAAGGAUAUCGAGACCGUCGAAGUCGAGAAGGUUGAGGCCACGACAGAUGACAAACCAGAACAAGACGAACAGCCAGAGCCAUCGGAGCCUGUCUCUGCGGUUGUUGAAGAGAAGGUGACCGAGGUGGUCGAGGCAAAGGUUACGGAGACCGUCGAAGUCGAGAAGGUUGAGGCCAAGACAGAUGACAAACCAGAACAAGACGAACAGCCAGAGCCAUCGGAGCCUGUCUCUGAUGUUGUUGAAGAGAAGGUGACCGAGGUGGUCGAGGCAAAGGUUACCGAGACCGUCGAAGUCGAGAAGGUUGAGGCCAAGCCAGAUGACAAACCAGAACAAGACGAACAGCCAGAGCCAUCGGAGCCUGUCUCUGAGGUUGUUGGAGAGAAAGUGACCGAGGUGGUCGAGGCAAAGGUUACCGAGACCGUCGAAGUCGAGAAAGUUGAGGCCAAGACAGAUGACAAACCAGAACAAGACGAACAGCCAGAGCCAUCGGAGCCUGUCUCUGAGGUUGUUGAAGAGAAGGUGACCGAGGUGGUCGAGGCAAAGGAUAUCGAGACCGUCGAAGUCGAGAAGGUUGAGGCCAAGCCAGAUGACAAACCAGAACAAGACGAACAGCCAGAGCCAUCGGAGCCUGUCUCUGAGGUUGUUGGAGAGAAGGUGACCGAGGUGGUCGAGGCAAAGGUUACCGAGACCGUCGAAGUCGAGAAGGUUGAGGCCAAGACAGAUGACAAACCAGAACAAGACGAACAGCCAGAGCCAUCGGAGCCUGUCUCUGAGGUUGCUGAAGAGAAGGUGACCGAGGUGGUCGAGGCAAAGGUAACCGAGACCGUCGAAGUCGAGAAGGUUGAGGCCAAGACAGAUGACAAACCAGAACAAGACGAACAGCCAGAGCCAUCGGAGCCUGUCUCUGAGGUUGUUGAAGAGAAGGUGACCGAGGUGGUCGAGGCAAAGGUUACCGAGACCGUCGAAGUCGAGAAGGUUGAGGCCAAGACAGAUGACAAACCAGAACAAGGCGAACAGCCAGAGCCAUCGGAGCCUGUCUCCGAGGUUGUUGAAGAGAAGGUGACCGAGGUGGUCGAGGCAAAGGUUAUGGAGACCGUCGAAGUCGAGAAGUUUGAGGCCAAGACAGAUGAGAAACCAGAACAAGACGAACAGCCAGAGCCAUCGCAGCCUGUCUCUGAUGUUGUUGAAGAGAAGGCGACCGAGGUGGUCGAGGCAAAGUUUACCGAGACCGUCGAAGUCGAGAAGGUUGAGGCCAAGACAGAUGACAAACCAGAACAAGACGAACAGCCAGAGCCAUCGGAGCCUGUCUCUGAGGUUGUUGAAGAGAAGGUGACCGAGGUGGUCGAGGCAAAGGUAACCGAGACCGUCGAAGUCGAGAAGGUUGAGGCCAAGACAGAUGACAAACCAGAACAAGACGAACAGGCAGAGCCAUCGGAGCCUGUCUCUGAGGUUGUUGAAGAGAAGGUGACCGAGGUGGUCGAGGCAAAGGUUACCGAGACUGUCGAAGUCGAGAAGGUUGAGGCUAAGACAGAUGACAAACCAGAACAAGACGAACAGCCAGAGCCAUCGGAGCCUGUCUCUGAGGUUGUUGAAGAGAAGGUGACCGAGGUGGUCGAGGCAAAGGUUACCGAGACCGUCGAAGUCGAGAAGGUUGAGGCCAAGUCAGAUGACAAACCAGAACAAGACGAACAGCCAGAGCCAUCGGAGCCUGUCUCUGAGGUUGUUGAAGAGAAGGUGACCGAGGUGGUCGAGGCAAAGGUUACCGAGACUGUUGAAGUCGAGAAGGUUGAGGCCAAGCCAGAUGACAAACCAGAACAAGACGAACAGCCAGAGCCAUCGGAGCCUGUCUCUGAGGUUGCUGAAGAGAAGGUGACCGAGGUGGUCGAGGCAAAGGUUACCGAGACCGUCGAAGUCGAGAAGGUUGAAGCCAAGCCAGAUGACAAACCAGAACAAGACGAACAGCCAAAGCCAUCUGAUUUUGGCUUCGAGAUUACUGACGAGAAAUGUAUUGAUUACUAUCAUAUGGCAGAUGCGGAGACGGUGCAGAAAAUAGGAAGAAUUUCGCCGGGAAUUAUUGUUAGUCCUGACAGGCAUGAUAUUUUGGACAUUUCUGGGUCAUAUGAUAAAAGUGAAGAAGACGAUAAGAUAUGUCGUCGUAAGGAGGAAACGAGUGCAAUUGACACUAGAAAGAGUUCCCUUUCUGCAAUCGAAGUUUCCACCUUGGACGAUGAUUCGCCGUUACUUACGGAUUUCACAACUUCCUCAAUCACUUAUGUAAGCGAUCGUAUCGAUUCCUCUUCGUUAGAACUUAUGGUUAAUGAACCGUCCAUGAACUUCUUGAAAAUUAGUGGUAGUCUACCACAUGCUGACAAAAGAAAUGAAAUUCAAUCUCCUGGAUCUUGUGUGUCAUUUACAACAACUACUAGUGAAAACAUUGAGUCAAUAUCUCAUGACAUUGAAAAGUGUACCAAUAUCGGCGGUGCUUUCCAUUCUGUCUUGCCUACUGAGUAUGAACGUUCUGUAUCCUUGAGUGAUAAUGCUGCUUCCGAUUAUUCAAACGAGUCUGCUACGAAAUACAACCUGCCUUAUGAUACUGAAUCUGAUGGAUAUGAUGCCAGUACACAGAUAAUCAAACGAAAAGGAAUAAAAUCUCAGGAAUGCGUUGCCGAGCCGAAACAAGUUAAAUCCACAAAACUCAUUUCUGUAGAUCAGCGUCACGGUUCAGCAUCUCCACAAAGUGAUAUUACAGAAUAUACCGAAAGUGUAUCGUAUGUUGAUUCGAUUAUAGACAGUACAAAUUAUGGAAGCGCCUUAAAACAAAAAGAAGUUCAGCAAGAUUCUUUUACCAAGGAGACACUCAAAGAUGCAUACGACGUAGACGUUAAACAAAAUGUAUUGACCACUGAUCACGAAAUAACCGCAUUGCCGCUUGACGCCUCCAGAAAAGCGCCAUCAGAAUCUGAUGAAUCCACUCAGGUAAAAAGACGUCCUAAAUCGAAAACUACUGUUACAAAGGUGAAUUUACAUAAACAAACACCCAUUGAAAUAUCAAAGCGUUCUUCAAAAGUUGUAGACAUUCGCAUGGGUACCGCUGAAUCUACCGUAACUGUAACCAAAUCGACUACGACAUCCAGCCGUAUCUCUACGACUUCUACGCGCACCCACGGAUACAUGCAAUCGACAUUAUCACGUGAUCAGAAGAUGCUACGACCAUUGAGUUUAACAGAUUCUACGCAUUCGUCACCCUCAAAAACAUCACACCGUACGGCAACUACAUCACAAUCUAUGUCAACCUAUUCUCCAGCACAUUCUGCUGAAAGAAAAUCGGCCAAGUCUUCUAAAGCAACUGCCCAAAGUACACAAGGGUUGCAGGAAGCUUCAGGUACUAUAAAGCAUGGAGCAUCAGGGACAAAUUUGAGAAAACUUGAAAUAAAAGAUACAAAGCCUACAACUAAAUCUUCAAGCAGUCGAUCCACAUCAACAGUUAUUGCGACAUCCAGUACUAUGUCGUCUAGCAGCGUAUCCAGUCAAAACAGAUUAUCUCGCUCAACUGUCACAACAGCACCAAGAAAAUCUGCUACAAAAUUCGACUCUAAGGAGCACCAUGUUGUUAAGAAAGCGGACAAAGAGCAGGCAAAUCUAGUCACCAAGUCCACAUUGCCAGCCGCCGUUAAGAUAAGUAAAGAUCGUGUGAACAAAAGCUUGAUUCCUGUAAAGGUUCAAUCAAGCAAGCGAGAUUCGACGCCAUCUCCCAGCAGGGUUUCGAAAUCGAAGUCCAAACCGGUUACGGUUUCAAAGUCUAGUGAACGGAAAAUGCCCAAACCCUCUACUACGUCCGAGAAAGCUGUAGAAAAAAAGGACCAAUCUGUCCAACUGAUCACUAAAUCCAUCCCAAAGGUUACAACCACCGUGCGCAAGGAAAGCUCCAAACAAAUACUUGACGAUGUGUAUCGCUGCAAAUCCGCAAUGCACUACUCGUACAAAGAUGCAGUCACAUUCGAUCAUGCUGAAGUACCAUCGUCACUGCCCUCCAGCCCAAGCCGCUUGAACAAAAGUUCCUCGAACAGUACAAAUGUCUUAACCAGUGAAGUGUUUACUCGAACGAUCGAUUCGUCCAAAUCGAUAGAAGUGAUCUACAAACAACCGUCCACAUCACAUGAGCUGUAUCGUAGGGUCAAUGAGUAUCGGUACAAUGACGUAGACAUGAACUUUAUAGAAACGACGGACUCGAGCCUGUCAGAUUCGAUCGCAUUGCCUUCCUCCUCUUCGGAGCAGGAAAGUGAUGCUACCGGUAAGUUGAAACGAUCUGCCAGUCCCGAGGGUUCACCAAAGCAAACGAGUUCCUCGUCUGCGGUGACGACUAUGACAACGCUGACGAGCAAAAAGAACCAACUCGCGCACCAUCCUCAUCAUCCGACGCGCCCUUCCAAGCAUGCUAUUGGCUCCGGGAAGCGCGCUCGUACCCAUUCACCCGCCGAACCGAAAUAUCGCAAAUCGGACAUCUGGAGUCGAACCGAUCCACCAGCGUCCAGCCAAGAGCUACCGGAUACUUCGGAGGACAGCGACUUGUACUACUAUCACCACCAGCAGCACUACCAGUUGCAGCAGCAACAUCAGCUGCCGCCGGUGGCUGGAUUUGCUGACCGGCGUUUAACUGCGUCGCUCGAUGGAAUCGUGCUCGAAAGUAGCAUCUCUCCGAUACUAGACUUCCGGGCCUCCACACCGCCACGCAUGAAGUAUAAAUUUGAUUACGAUAGUUCUAUGUUUCCAGAUACGUACGCCGAACACGACGAUGCAUUACAGACGUCGACCAGAUUCGAAGGCGAUGAGUAUCUAGAGCUGGUAAAGUCGGAGGCAGGCCGGCUGAUCGACGAUGUGAUGGAGCAGAGUGUAUCGAUCGUCAACAGCUCGCAGCCGGGUCCAAUGACGAUCGAUCGAGAUCUGCAGCCACCAUCGGAAAGCGAACAGUACGCGAUCCGUAGCGACAUCCUGUCGUCUACCGAUGGAGAUGCUUUCGUGAAAUCGCCUACUAUCGAAUCCAUGUCCGGCAAAUCGUUCGAUGAUAAUAUGAGCAAUCCCGAAUAUGACGCAUUGCUGCUUGGUACCACCUUCGGAGCGACCGCUGUCGCUGCCGAUGGGCAGUCUAUUGCACUCCCUACCAUAGAGCGUGACAUUGCUGAAGAAGAUAGCGAUCAUGAUAAAGACGAUGUAGAGGAUGGCAAUGCUAUUAAGUUUGAAAGUGACCUACUGAUCGACGGUGAGGUUUGCUCGGCCGUCAGUGUUGCGGACGAUGACAAUAAACCUAUGGACGAUGGACGUCCUGUCGAGGGCAAAACCCCCGUAGAUCAGGCCGUUGUCGAUGCUGCCCGAAAGGCGAAAAAAAUCGAUCGCAAAUAUGCGCGCCUAUCGUCGGAACUUGGGCCGGAGGUGCUGCUUGAUAAGAAUCAAGAGUACGAUGAUGCGAUCUCACAGAUUAAAGACGAGGUGUCUAUGCUGCAGAGCGAGUACUCCAAAAUGAGCUGGGACGAGAGCGUAUCCAUGACAACUGGAGAUUUCGGUUCCAGCACGCCCGAUAAUGAUCUGCAAGAAACAGAUUUGCAACUACAAACAGAAAAUAACAUACCCCCGACAACAUCUCGCAUUGAGACUAAAACAAUAGAAGCUGCCCCUGUUAGCGAUGCUUCUGAAGCUUUCGCUAGCGGCCAGAACACUGUUGCUAUCGCUGCAAGUACUACUACCAUCACAGCUGCUAACAUUGCUGCUUCUGCUACCGAUUUCGAAAGGAAAGAAUAUGUCACUACCGUGGCGUCUGGUUCCAUCCAGGAACAUUCGUCAUCUAUCACCUCAACCGAGCUGGAAAAGCCAAGCGAUUCGUCCAGCUUUGAAGGACAACCCGUACCGAAACCACGUACCAGUAUAUCAUCCCGCACGGAUACGGCAACACGGUCGAGCCUUCUGGAGUCGUUCGAACAUCAAGAUUCCAUCGAACAGUAUCCGGAACCGAUGCCUGCCCUCUCUGUUGAUUCGGAGCGUCUACGCCAGGGUUCGAUCACAUCCGACGAUUUAUCGAACGUGGCCCAGAAGGAUUCGAGUGAGAUGGUUACCAGCGAGGAAGACAUUUCUACUGGAGCGAAAUUCUUUAUUGGCGAAUGUAGUAGCGACAUCAUUACCCGUUCAACUACGGAGAAGCGAACGGACUAUGCAUUCGAUAAUGAAGGUUAUACCUUCUCGCAGGAUUCGCAAGGCACCGAUGAAGAAUCACGCCGAGAAGCGAUGGAAAUGUAUCAGCAACAGAUCAAGCAGGAGGAUGGUUUUACGCUAGAUUCCCUGAAGGAGCUGGACAUUGGAUUGCGAACAUCCAGCAAGCCUCUUGUAGUACAUUCUCCCGUAACAGCAACCGCUCAACCAGUUACGAAACCAUCUCAAACAGAGCAAGGAGAAGCGACAAUUCUCGAUACGACCACACAGCAGUACUCACACAUGACGAUCGACGAAAUAACCAUUGCGAAAACGCUCGAGGAGGUUAAGGAAUCACUGGACGCUGUACAAGAAGAAUUGAUCGAAGCUGUUACGGACGGUACGCCGAUCAAGCAAUCCCCCUCGGAGUUUGAAUUCAAGAUUCUUCCAUCGACGCGCUACGUCCAAGAUCCGAUAUAUGAAACUAAUCAGGAGGAAGCGGUCGCAGUUUCCACGGCCACAUCGGCAGCUAUUACCACCACCACCAUCGUCAGCGAAGGUGGUCUGUCCGAUUCCGAACCGAAGCCAAUGGUGUCCGGACCACCAAUUAAAAUAGACGAAGCUCCAACUGGUGGAUCGCCCGAUAGUUCGCAGCUGGAAAUGUCGGCCCGCCUACGACACGGUCCCCAUGGAGUGCACGCAAAGGGUAGCAGAUGGUCGGCAACCGAUGUGGACAGCUCGGGAGAAAGCCAUUAUCAGAGUUUCGAGCAUACGGAUAGCAGCAGACCUCUUUCGUCCGAUAUUGAGCAAGUAUUGCCCUAUGCAUCGUCCGAAUAUGAGACAGCGUUAGAUCACUCGAUCGUGCCCACUUCCAUUGGGACGGAAUAUCACAGUGCCGUUAGCACACUGCACUCUUAUCCGGUAAGCUCACAUGAUAGCAUGAAGAGUUUUGACUCUGAAAGUUCCGGCAAUCUGGCUAGCAUCGAAUCGGAGGCCACAGAAACGCUCGUACCAUCCACAAUGGAUGUGGACUUUGAUUCGUCAGAUGCGGCACUGAUUCACGAUGAUUCGGAAGAUGAUUUGCGCGAUAAAAUGUUGCUCUUGGAUGACAAGGAGGAACUUACGUCCGUUGCUAGCAGCAUCCCGAUAGCGAUGAAACGUUCCCAUGAGAUGGACUUUGCCGAGCUGAAAAGCGAUUCAAUGACCGAGGAAAGCAUUCACUUUGGCGAGCAGCGUGAAGCUGGUGUCUCAGCGGAGUUGAUGCAGCUGCAGGAAGAAAAGCUGCUCAGCUCGAGUAUUGGAACUGCCCGUGAUUUGGUAGAAGCAAUGCAAGCGACCAGCCUGGAAGACGUCAAAAUGGAACCGGCGGAUGAGGCAAAGCUGGGCACAAGCCUGGAAGAUGGUAGCAUACUAUCGAUAAGCUUAUCCAGUGCGUCGAAUUUGGAAACCAUCAUGGAAAACCUCUCGGAGAAAACGACGGCUGGUCCGGUACCAACGCACGUCGAGAUCGGGCUGGAUGCUGUUACUCCAACCACAUCGGGUACCACGGGAUACAUCGGAGACAUUACGCUUACCUCGACCGUGCUAAAGGAGGGCGAUGUGAACUUUCUCAACACCCAAGCCACGACAGAAAUCGUUGAAAUAAGCACCGAUCUGACUGGGCGCGAUGAAAACGAAGAAACGGUUCGCAAGCGUGGUCACAAGCGCACCGAAAGCACAUCUAUUAUUUCCGGUAAAUUUUUGGCAGACAUGGGAGAAAACAGAGACUCGAUCGAAUCACAGGAUGAGUCACUGUCGCAGGAAGCGUCGAAACCGUCGUGUUCCGAGCGGGAUGAGAUGAGGGAAGAAUCUUCCGAUUCCGACUACGAUCGGUACGAAAGUGAGUAUUCUCGAUCAUUCCGUGCGCCUGUAUCGCAAUCGAAGAAGAAAGACAAAAAGGCGGGCGAAGUGUUUGAAAAGGACUUUGAGCUGGAUCGGCGCAAUUCCUUCUCACCCUCGCAAUCGGUUAUCGAAACGAUCGUGGAAGAUGUGCACGCGGAGAUUGAGCAGAGCGACGAAGCGCAGCGCAUUAUGACGAGCAAGAGUCAGCUGCUGCAGGAAUAUCGCGAAUCAUCGUCCCACAACAUACCGGACAUUCAGGUGACGGACGAUUUUGCCGAACCACUGUCACCGGGAAAAGAUGAGAUGGACGUAUACCAGCAGGAAACCGAAACGUUCGAAACAUCGAAACAUGAAACAGUCGCUUCAACUAAAGGUGUGGUUACAGUUUCGGAAAAUGACGCUACAACAGCAACAUCGACGAGCACGGCUGUGUCCGCAUCGUCUUCCGGUAUGGCGAAGCAGACAGGAAUCCAGUAUGCCAAACAGGAGGAAUACCAAUUAACUGAGGAACAGUACCAGGAGCUAAUCGAGCAGAAGUACAAGGCAAAGCUAGCCGAUACGACCACAAAGUAUGGCUACGACGUCGACGAUAAGGAUGAUUCGGCCGGGUCGGAUUCGUUCGAAAUGUUAGAACAGCCCGACAUAUCGGACGAGUUCGUGAUAGUGGAGGAAGUGGCCCGUGAGGCUCAUGAAUUCGAUUCGGAAGGUAAAAGCAUGGCCAUCAAGCACACCAAGAUCGAGAAGAAGCAUGACGAGGAUGUGGAGAAGAUACUCGUCAAGUCCGCUCCGGCUCAUACAAAUGCAGGCUCAAUGUAUGCCGCUAAUAUGCGGGACGACAUGAUGUACGAGUUCGAAGAAAGUCCACCUACCGGUGGAGCAGAAGUCGAUGGAGCAGGAGUUACGAUGGAUCUGCUAAAUAAUGGAUAUCCGCUAGAGGAAAGCAAACGCUGGGUAGAGAUGCAGCUCGCGGAGACACAAAACUUCCGCUAUCCGUAUGAGGAUCGGCUUGAAGAUAUCAAAGAAGAAGAUACAGACUUUGAGGUGGGAAGCAGUCGCAUCGGGUCUAUCAAGGAUUCAUUCUCGAGCACACCCGACUACGAUAUGCUGGCCAAGCGGAUGGCAUCACGCGAACAUGAUGAUAUUUCCAUGAGCAGUUUACAAGAGUUUGAAAAUUUGGAACACGUAAUUUCGCUGGAAAAUCGCAAAAUGCAACAGGGCUCGCAGGAUUCUCUGAGUAACGGUAGCUUUACCAGACGGUUUGUGCAGCGCGGUGUGCACGGCGAUGAUAUCAGCUUGUCCAGCCUGAAAGAGUUCGAAGGGCUUGAAAAUGCCUGCAUCGAGGCUCAUUUGAUCGAGAUUAAAGCGAAGGAGGAGGCCGCACUUUUGCUUUCGCGCUCGGACGAAUCAAAUAAAUCGAACGGUUCGAAUGGGGCAAAACGUAGCCCACCGUCUAAUGGAAGUGGGGUACCAACCAAACGGCAACAUUCAGCAGAAGGAAUAGCGGCACAGAUUGUUAGUAGUUCAUCCGUUACCACUACUGUGGGUGGGUCUAAAUCUGCCGCACCGUUGGAAGUAAUCACCACAAAGGUAGAGAAGAAAAUCACAGCCGAACUGAACCAAGAUGCGUCAUCAGCCGUGUCAACCACUACCACCGUGGUAACGACAAUCUCACAUGAAGGUCAAGUACGGCAGAUCGUCGACGAAGAGGACAACUCCCAUAUACUAACUGUGUCCAGUGACAGUUUGGAUGGUACGAGAACCGCUACCAAACAGCUGCCAGUGAGCCGUGAUACGCUCCCGUCGGCACACUCCAGCAGUGAUAGUCUCGAAAUUCAUAGCAAGAACAAUGUGGACGUUAUGACCAGCAGCAUCGAUUCGAUCGAGUUCUCAAAGACGGGUGUAGCAACCACCAGGUCGUCGCAGUCUGAUUCCAUCGAGCACAUGGCACAACAGCAGCAGCCAUACCGUAGUGAUAGUACGGACUCGAUCGAAGCCCAGCAGCACCAACAAAAGCUCCAGCAGCAGGCACACCAGGUAACGCUGCAAGGCAUUCAUGGGUUAAGUGACACGAAACGGGACUCGCUGGAAUCGCUCGCAGCCAGCAGUGACAAUCAGAGCGGUUUCAGCAGUCCGACCAAAUCAGCACAUGGUUCCCGCCAGAUGUCGGAGAGUGGUGCCGGCGCCAGCGGUACCUAUCACCAGCAACAGCAGUCAGUGCAGAUAACAUCGCUACACACGGUCACCAGUGCCGGUGGACGUACGAUGCAGAAGGAUAUAUCGGCCGAUUCGCUUACAGGUCCGGAUGCAGCAUUUCUAACCAGUACCGAAAGCCUCGAAACAAGUUCCACGGCCACGAACGCUACCUAUCAGAAUGAAACCGAUUCCCAGAUGUCGUCGAGCGUUACCAGCUGUGAUUCCAUCACGAUGGUGGAUACGGUAGGUCCGCAGGCAUUAGAUAAUUGGGAUACCUUUGCCACCUCGGCAAUGGCUACGGGGCACGGUGCAGGUGUCGGAUAUGCGAGCUCCAUAAUGAUCACUUCAAUGAGCGCUUACUCCUCGGCAACGGGGGGUAGCGAUGGCAUCCAUGCGGCUCAGCAGCAACAGCAAGCAUUCCGUAGCUCCCGUGCGGAAGCUACAUCCUCCUUCACGUCGUCCUCGGUGUCGGUGGUAUCGAGCUCUUCGGCGUCCUCCACGAGCUACCAGGUGGCUCAACAGCAGAUGGGGGAAAGUGAACUAUUAAGUAGAGAACUGUUUCCAGGAGAAAUAGCGUUCGAUGAUGUGAAGGAAACAACGAAGGAACGAAUGCAAAGUAAAUCGGCCGAAAAGGAGGAGUAAACCAAACCGGCUUACGAGGAUCGAUAAAAAUGAGGAAGAGAUACACUUACAGCACCGGAAAUCGGAAAGCAGCGGAUGUGGCAGCGAUAUAGUGGUGCAUUUUCCACAAGUUUUAAACACAUUCUUCUACUCCUUACGAACAGGCCAACUAAAAGUUUGCAAACACACAAAACUCUUUCUUCAAAUCAAUCUAUAAGUAAAUAAGUUCAUGAACAAAUGAAAUCAAAUCUUAACGCGUGCGCGAGGGAAGUAAUUCUUAUCGGAAGGGAACUUUUGUGUACGAAGCAAUACACAUUUUACGGGGGCGUACGGUGUGCGUACAAGCCUUUUAAAAGUGCAGGUCAGCUUGGCGUGAGACGUAUCGGUAGGAAAUUAGGUGACGAAUGGGGAACCAAAAAUCGCAGUGCAGGCGCGAACUGUGUUACUAACAUCCAUACUAAAUUAUAACCAAAGAAGCUUAGCUCAGUCGAUACAUAUUUAGUUCAGCUUCAACAAGGAACUUAAAAGCUUAAAGCUCCACCCCACACCAGGGAAAUACACUUCUCACCGAUAAUCUAUUUUAAAUCACCCAUUCCCAAUGGCGUUUAAAUGAGAUGAUUUAUAUAACGUUCCACUCACCUCAAACCAGAGCAGAACGUUGUGACCAAUUUAUUGAUAACAAAAAAAAAUAGUGGUGAUGUACGUGUAAUGUGAGCUUCACUUGACAAUUUUUAAUUAAAAAUUGCAGUCAAGACAAUUUAAGUUACCUUCUUUUCUCUAUGGCAAUGUAGCUUCUUGCUUGUGUACGAUUUCGAUACAUUCUGCUGUCGCCAAGCUCACGGUGACAUUAAUUAUAAGCUUCAAGCAUUCUUUACAGCUUACAGUGUUUUUGCAUAUUCAAAGUGUGUUCAUGCUUAUGUUUUGCUUUCAAUGGCGGUGAGAACGAUAACGACAUUAGGGAACGCAUAACGAAAAUAACAGAAUAACACAACAAGAAACAAAACAAAAAAACAGGAGAAAAAGAUUUAAAGACCCGAUAGAAACGGUUAUCGUGACAGGUUAGUUAUUGUAGAGAUGGCCAUAGAGAAGGCUAGAAGAUAAGGUGUAGCAGCGUGGUAUCGGUAAAAAUCGGAACAGAAGGAGUAUAUUUGAGAUUCUUUUUUUAAACGUACCGAACGGAUAUUGCAAAAAAAAAACCUUGUUGCAAAUAGCAUGUUAUAGCUAAAAUAUACAAUUACUGAUCAAAUCAAACGUAUAAAAACAGUAUAUAUUACAGAGCGGGGCUUGCUGCAAAAAAGAGGAAGGAAAGAGGGAGCAAAACCAAAAACCGGUCACCAAAGCCAAAGUGUGCAGAAAGGAGGAAGUAAAGGAAAACAAAAUGAAAUGAGGAUAGUAUAAUUCGACACGUAAAGACAGUAGCAGACCACGACCGAAAGGAACAUAUAUUAACGCGCAAGCCAGCCCACUUGCAUAUUAACAAACAAAGCAAAA